CCGCCGCCAUGCUGCCGCCGCCAUGAUGAUGGCCCGCAAGCAAGAUGGCCGCCCGCCCACCUACACGGUCAGCGUGGUGGGGCUGUCGGGCACCGAGAAGGAGAAGGGCCAGUGCGGCGUCGGCAAAUCCUGCCUGUGCAACCGCUUCGUGCGGCCCGGCGCCGACGACUUCCACGCCGAGCACACCUCGGUGCUCAGCACCAGUGACUUCGGGGGGCGCGUGGUCAACAACGACCACUUCCUCUACUGGGGCGAGGUGGCGCGGGCGCUGGAGGAGUGCGCCGAGUGCCGCGUCCACGUGGUGGAGCAGACGGAGUUCAUCGACGACCAGACCUUCCAGCCGCACCGCAGCACGGCGCUGCAGCCGUACGUCAAGCGGGCGGCGGCCACCAAGCUGGCGUCGGCCGAGAAGCUCAUGUACUUCUGCACCGACCAGCUGGGCCUGGAGCAGGACUUCGAGCAGAAGCAGAUGCCCGACGGCAAGCUGCCCGUGGACGGCUUCCUGCUGUGCGUCGACGUCAGCCGCGGCAUGAACCGCAACUUCGACGAGCAGCUCAAGUUCGUCUCCAACCUCUACAACCAGCUGGCCAAGACCAAGAAGCCGGCGGUGGUGGUGCUGACCAAGUGCGACGAGGGCGUCGAGCGCUACAUCCGCGACGCCCACGCCUUCGCGCUGGGCAAGAAGAACCUGCAGGUGGUGGAGACCUCGGCGCGCUCCAACGUCAACGUCGAGCUGGCCUUCGGCACCUUGGUGCAGCUGGUGGACAAGAGCAGGGGCAAGGCCAAGAUCGUCCCCUACUUCGAGGCCCUCAAGCAGCAGAGCCAGCAGAUCGCCGCCGCCAAGGACAAGUACGAGUGGCUCGUCGGCCGCAUCGUCAAGAGCCACCACGAGCUCUGGCCCGACGUCAGCCGCAAGAUGGCGGCGGCGCCCGAGUACCGGGACUACGUCUACCUGGAGGGCACCCAGAAGGCCAAGAAGCUCUUCCUGCAGCACGUCCAGCGCCUCAAGCAGGAGCACAUCGAGCGGCGCCGCAAGGUCUACCUGGCCCUGCUGCCCCAGGCCUUGGACGCCCUCGUGCCGGACCUCGACGAGAUCGACCGCUUGAGCCGCGCCAAGCUCGAGAAGCUCCUGGAGGCCAAGCCGGAUUUCCUCAAGUGGUUCGUGGUGCUGGAGGAGACGCCGUGGGACGCCACCGGCCACGUGGACGACGUGGACAACGAGCGCAUCCCCUUCGACCUGCUGGAGACGCCGGCGGCCGAGCGGCUCUACGAGGCCCACCUGGAGAAGCUGCGCAACGAGCGGAAGCGCGCCGAGAUGAGGAGGGCGUUCCGCGAGAACCUGGAGAGCUCGCCCUUCGUCACGCCCGGCAAGCCCUGGGAGGAGGCCAGGAGCUUCAUCAUGAACGAGGACUUCUACCUGUGGCUGGACGAGUCGGUCUACGUGGACAUCUACGGCAAGCACCAGAAGCAGCUGAUCGACAAAGCCAAGGAGGACUUCCAGGAGCUCCUCCUGGAGUACUCGGAGCUCUUCUACGAGCUGGAGCUGGACGCCAAACCCAGCAAGGAGAAGAUGGGCGUCAUCCAGGAGGUGCUGGGCGAGGAGCAGAGGUUCAAAGCUCUGCAGAAGCUCCAGGCGGAGCGCGACGCCCUCAUCCUCAAGCACAUCCACUUCGUCUACCACCCCACCAAGGAGACGUGUCCCAGCUGCGCCGCCUGCGUGGACGCGCGCGUGGAGCAGCUGCUGAGCGCGCGGUUCCUCCGCCACCGCCGCGACGACCCCUCCGCGACGGCGGACGCCGACGUCGACCGCAUCAACCUGGUCAUCUUGGGCAAGGACGGCUUGGCGCGCGAGCUGGCCAACGAGAUCCGCGCGCUCUGCACCAACGACGACAAGUACGUCAUCGAGGGCAAGAUGUACGAGCUGGCCCUGCGGCCCAUCGAGGGCAACGUGCGCCUGCCGGUCAACGCCUUCCAGACGCCGACCUUCCAACCGCACGGCUGCCUCUGCCUCUACAACUCCAAGGAGUCCCUGUCCUACGUGGUGGAGAGCAUCGAGAAGAGCCGCGAGUCCGCCGCCGGCCGCCGCGACGGCCACUCGGCGCGGCUGCCCUUGACGCUCGUCUUGGUCAACAAACGCGGCGGCGGCGACGCCGGCGGGGAGACCCUGCAGAGCUUGAUCCAGCAGGGCCAGCGGAUCGCCGGCAAGCUGCGGUGCGUCUUCCUGGACCCGGCGUCGGCCGGCAUCGGCUACGGCCGCAACAUCAACGAGAAGCAGAUCGGCCAAGUCCUCAAGGGCCUGCUGGACGCCAAGCGCAACCUCAACCCGGCGGCGGCCUGCGGGGAGGCGUCGGACGGCGCCGACCUGCGCGUGGCGAUGUGCCUGAUGUGCGGCGACGCGGCGAGCGCCGACGACGUGCUGGCGCCGAUCCUGCGGAGCCAGGCGUGCCGGCCGGCGCCGGGCGGCGGCGCCGCGGUGCUGCUGGAGACGCCGGUGGGGUCGCAGCGGAGGAAGGUGGAGCUGUCCUUGCUGUCCUACCACGCCUCGUUCGGCUCGAGGAAGAACCGCCCGGUGCACGGUUACGUCGUCUUCUACGCCGCCAAGCGCAGAGCGUCCCUGGCCACCCUGAGGGCCUUCCUGGCCGACGUCCAGGACGUCGUCCCCGUCCAGCUGGUGGCCUUGGCCGAAGGUCCCGCCGAUCUCCCGGACGACGACGUGAGCCGCGAGCAGCUGGCCGAGGGCGAGGAGAUCGCGCAGGAGAUCGAGGCCAGGUUCGCCGCUUGGCCGUGCGGGGCAGGAGGACGACCUCAAAGCAAGCUGGAGAUCUUCCAAGCGUUCUUCAAGGACGCCUUGGACAAGAAGAACGCGGUGGAGGCCGCGCACGCGUACGACAACGCCGCCGAGGCGUGCGGCGCCGGCGAGGACGCCUUCGGCUCGCCGCGCGCCGGCUCGCCGCUCUGCAACUCCAACCCGCCCGACUCCGAGGAGGACCCCGAGCCCCCGCCCGGCUGCAGCCCCUUCCGCGAGGAGCCUCCCGCGGCGGCCGCCCCGCCCAAGGACCGCUCCAAGCCGUCCGCGGAGCUCGAAGGCAACGACGCUUCGAGUUUCUUUUCGGCGCUGGGGGCGUUCGACGGCAAGCCCGCCAAGAUCCCGCCGCCGGUGAAGCCGAAGCCGCCGGUUCACUUCGACGCCAAAGGCGACCUCGGCUACCCGGAGCAAAGCCACCGCGACCUCCGCCGGCGCUCGGCGUCCUCCUCCGCCUGGCCGCCGCCGGAUUGCUUCGACCCCUCCGACUACGCCGAGCCCGUGGACGCCGUGGCCAAGCCGCGCGGCGACGAGGAGAACAUCUACUCGGUGCCCCACGACAGCACCCAGGGCAAGAUCAUCACCGUGAGGAACAUCAACAAGGCCGCCUCCAACGGCGGCGGCAACGGCUCCGACGGCGAGAUGGACGCGAGCUCCCUGGAGCGCGCCCGCCGGCCGCCCAACGCCGCCCGGCCGGCGCUGUACCGGGCGCGGUGCGCGCGGCUCGGGCGCUUCGCCGGCUACCGGCCGGGGCUGGGCGCCGGCAGCGACGACGAGGCGGGAGCCGGCAGGAAGAAGGACGAGGAGCCGGGCGGCCAAGGCGGCUACAAAGGGGACGGCGCGGGGAUGGCGUACGAGGCGGGAGACGGGGAGGAUCCGCGCAGGAGGAACAUCUUGAGGAGCCUCAGGAGGACCGCCAAGAAGCCGAAGGCCAAGGCGCGGCCGUCGCUGUCCAAGGCGCCGUGGGAGAGCAGCUACUUCGGGGUGCCCCUGGCCAGCGUGGUCACCCCCGAACGGCCAAUCCCGGUGUUCAUCGAGCGCUGCAUCCAGUACAUCGAGGCCACCGGGUUUUUUGGGUUAAGUGCGGGGAUUUUGGGGUUUUUCUUUGGGUUCAUCGAGGCCAUUGAUGAGUCUGGGAAAUUUGGGAAUUUUGGGGGAUUUUCUGUGGCCGGCGUGGUCACCCCCGAACGGCCGAUCCCCGUGUUCAUCGAGCGCUGCAUCCAGUACAUCGAGGCCACCGGGAUUUUUCGAGGGGAUCUUGGGUUUUUCUUUGGGUUCAUCGAGGUCACUGCUCAGUCUGGGAAGUUUGGGAAUUUUGGGGGGAUUUUUAGGGAAUUUUGGGGAUUUUCUGUGGCCGGCGUGGUCACCCCCGAACGGCCGAUCCCGGUGUUCAUCGAGCGCUGCAUCCAGUACAUCGAGGCCACCG